AUUAUUAAUGAAUUUGCUGGGUACAAUGGAAAAGAACCCGUAUUAAUUGAAAAUAGUAAUCAAGAUAGUGAUGAAUCAUCGCAAUUUGAUGAAAAUGCAUUUCCUGAUGCUUAUAAACGUAAGGUAGUAUCAGAUGAUUCAGGUGAUGACUACGACGGUAAAAUUUUAAAGAAAAUGAAGCAAUCAAACCAUAGAAAACGUACUACAUCACUGGAUACCACCUUGUCAAAUUCUGAACUUAAGGAAAAGAAUGUAGAAAAUGUAGAACCAAUUGAUGAUAAUAUGAACAAAUUUCCAAUUCUCGCGAAAAAUAAAUUAAAGGAAUCAUCCUCGCAACUUAAUAUGAAUGUUGUACCUUCACGAGAUUCUUUGCAAUUAACAAAUCAAUCUGAAGAUUCAAUCACUUAUCUAGAGGUUAAAAAAUACCUUAUCAGAGUGAAUACCGAUACUAGUUAUGAAUGA